UUUUCUUGUUACAGUCCUAGGUUUCAAUUUUCUCAUGUUGAUCUUUCCACGUUCUACAUGAUGAGUCACCCGACGUAAUCUGCGAAGUGAGCAGAUUUAGAAGAAGUUUUUCAAGUUUUAGCAAUUAUUGUGUUGUGGUGAAACAGUGACGUUUGAAAGACUCACGAUAUAAUCAAUUUUUUAUCAGCCAGCUACUUAACCGCCGUUGCUGAACGCAGCAUCACUUCUCACUCAUUUGACAGUUAUUCCGUCCUAAACUACUUGUGCCCCUUAAUGGUUUAUAUUUAAAUUUCAAAGAUCAUGGGUGAUGUCAAGUGGAAAUAUAUAUUCAUUCCAGUCAUUGCUGCAAUUUUUAUCAGUGACAAAACCGAAGGCAUUCCCUCCAAUUCAGUGCUAAUGUCCGAUGCUUUACCGAGGAGUGAAGGCAUACUUCAAAAUCUUUACAGCAGCGAAUAUCACAAGAGACCUGUCCGAGAUGUUGGAAACAGAAAUAUCACAACCAAGGUUAGUGCCCUCAAUGAUAGCCACCAGCAGCUGAUGGUUCAUUGGGCCGGAGAGGGCUCUGAAGUAAUGAUUUGUCUUGCGCGAAGUCCUUACUGCGACACACAAAAGAGCUGUAACACUCCAUCCGCUGUUUAUUUCUCUUAUGAUUAUGGAGAUUCAUUUGUCAACAUGACAGAGCAUUUCAAAAUCAACAGUCCUGAGGCUGUUUAUGCAUCUGUAGACAAGCUUUAUAAGCAUCCAAAAUUUAAUUCACACACUGUCUUCACUGAUUCUACCAAUAAAAUGAUUUUUACCACAAUGGAUUAUGGAAAAACAAUAAUCCGGUAUUCUCUUCCCUUCACACCAAGUGAUGUAACUUUCCAUCAAGACAAGCCUCUUGUGUUCCUAUCUCAUGACAAGAGUGAUCCUAAAAAACAGCUAUGGAUAACUCAAGACUUUGGAAAAACUUGGAAUGUGGCCCAGGCAUACGUGAAGAACUACUUUUGGUCACCUUUCGAGAACAUCAACUCCAACAAAAAAGAGCUCUUAGUCGAACGAAUUGAACCCUCUGGAAGAUCAAACAUAAUAUCUGUCCGAAAUUUAAGUUUGUUCUCAGGUCAAAAUCAGGUGCUUCUCACAGAGGUUGAAAACUUUAUUGUGAAAGGUGACUUCAUGUUUGCCUUCAAAAAACUCAGUGAAAAGAAUUUAGAAAUGUUCAUUGCAUACAAGAAUUCUCAUUUCAUGAGGUCCAUCUUCAAUUCCGAGUUGGAUCGGCUGGAGUAUCAUAUUGCAGAUGUCUACGAAGAUCGCGUUUUUGUUGCUGUCCGCCAUUCAUCUACUUUCUCUCACCUGUACGUGUCUGACCGAUUUGAUUCCUCUACGGGCAGAGUUCAGUUCUUUUUGUCUAUGGAGAGAAUCUUGUGUUUCUUUCCUAACUCAACCUGGAAUCAUCCACUCAUGAGUGCUGUGUCAGAAGAGGCCUUUGCAGAUCUGCACCGCGUUGAAGGUAUGCGAGGGAUUUAUAUUGCAUCUCAGUCACAACACACGAAUGAAACAAACACCAUUAUCGGAGUGGAGCACCUCAUAACGUUGAUAACAUUUAACUGGGGCAGUGAAUGGAAACCCCUGAAACCUCCAACAGUAGAUGAUGAAGGUCAACCAAUCAUCUGUAGACUGGCUGAGGGAUGUUCUCUGCAUCUGAGUCAGAAAUUUGCUCAACUGUAUCCUCUUACUCGAGGUGUACCAAUAUUAUCAUCAAAAUCCGCGCCAGGCAUAAUUUUAGCUACUGGAUCCAUUGGAACAAGCUUGAAGAAUAAGCCUGGUAUAUUUUUAAGUCGAGAUGCUGGAUUGACAUGGAAACAGAUUUUCAAAGGAAUCUAUUUCUACAAUAUUGGCGACCAUGGAGGUAUCCUAGUCGCAGUUCAGUAUUUCAAGACGCAUGGAGAGACCAGAGAAAUUUUAUACUCCACUGACGAAGGAGAACACUGGCAACGCCAUGAAUUUUCUAAUGAAGAUCUAAAAAUGUAUGGACUAAUGACGGAACCCGGUGGAAACACAACAGUGUUCACUAUGUUUGGCUCAGUUUUGAACAAACAUAAAUGGCUCAUUGUGAAAGUCAACCUUAGAAAUGCCUUUAGUGCCAACUGUACAGAGGAUGAUUAUAAGAUGUGGUCUCCAAGCAGUAAAACAGGCGAACAUAUGCCUUGUGUGAUGGGUCGGAAGGAAACCUACGAGAGAAGGCUCCCAAAAUCAAAUUGUUACAAUGGAGAAAAUUAUGACCGACCAAAAAAGAUUGAAAUUUGUGAAUGUGACAUCGAAGAUUAUCAAUGUGACAUCGGUUUUAUCAGAAAUGAAAACAGUCAUCAAUGCAUUCGUGACAAGUCCAAUGGCCUCAUUGAUCCUUAUCAAGUUCCAGCAAGUUGCAAACCUGGACAGUUCUACAAUCGAACGAAAGGCUAUGUACACAUCCCACAAGAUGCGUGCAAAGGUGGUUUCGAGAAGCACUACCUUCCAGACUUGAUACCAUGUCCGUACAAAGAAGUCAAAGAAUUUCUGCUUCUAGCUCAAAAGGAGAAAAUUGUGCGUUUUGACCUUUCAAACCCAAAUAAAAUUGAGCAGCAAGUCUUGCCGAUCAAAGACUUAAUGAAUGUUGUUGCUAUUGAAUUUGACCUGAAAAACAAUUGUUUGUUUUGGGCAGACAUUGUGAAGGACGUCAUCGGGCGACAAUGUUUUGGUGAUGGUAAGCAUGCGCCUGAAAUACUUGUUGAGAGUCACUUAUCAUCUGUAGAGGGCAUGUCGUUUGACUGGAUAUCAAGCCUACUAUACUUUGUUGAUGGCAACAGAGCAAGCAUCCAAGUCAUCCGAACUGACAUCUCUCAUAGUGGAAGAAUGCGUAAAACAAUUAUAGGCCCGAACAAGCUGAAGAAGCCUCGAGGUAUUGUCGUUCACCCUCGUGCUGGAUAUCUAUAUUGGACUGACUGGGCACAAGGUGAACCUAGUGUAUGUCGCGCUAACGCAGACGGAAGUGACAUUCAGAAAUUGUUCACAAAACCUAAUGUUGAGUGGCCUAAUGGAAUCACUAUUGACCAAAUUGCUGAAAGAGUUUAUUGGGUCGAUGCUCGUGAGGAUUACAUAGCCUCAUGCGAUCUCCAUGGUCGUCAUUUCAGGAAAAUUAUUAGCAGUGAUGAACGAGUUUCACAUCCUUUCGCAGUGGCAGUUUUCAAAGAUUUAAUGUAUUGGGAUGACUGGAAAGCAAAUAGCAUUUUCAGGGCUGAUAAAGAUCAUGGUUAUGGAAUUCAGAAUGUUGCAAGUAACUUAACUGGGCUCAUGGAUUUAAAACUGUAUGCUCACAGUAUCCAGGAAGGCACGAACAGAUGUACCAACCAGACUGCCUGCUCUCACCUUUGCUUUGGAUUGCCGGACAAAUUUGUUUGUGAGUGCCCCGAUAUCAUGAUCAAAGUUGACAAUAAAUGUUUGUGUCCAGGGAAAGUUGAACCAUUCAAAAACGGCACCUGCCCAUCGAGCGGUAAUUCAUGUGCACCAGAUCACUUCGCCUGUGACAACGGACCUUGUGUACCUUAUUUGUGGAAAUGUGACGGUGAAGAUGACUGCGGAGACAACUCAGAUGAAAAGAAGUGCACCACUUCGACUUGUGCUCCUAACAUGUUCCAGUGCGUAUCCACUGGAAAAUGUAUCCCUCUUUAUUGGAAGUGCGACUUCGAUCACGAUUGUGAGGAUGGCUCCGAUGAGCAGAAUUGCACGUACUCUCCAUGUACCUCUGCACAGUUCAAAUGUCAUAACGGCAGGUGCCUCUCGAAGAAGUGGGUAUGCGAUGGUGAAGAUGACUGUCACGAUGGCUCUGACGAACUGAACUGUCGAAAUGACACUCACACUACCUGUAAACCUGGCGAGUUCAAGUGCAAAGACGGCUCUGAAUGCGUACCACAAUCGUACAAAUGUGAUGGCGAGAAAGACUGCAAUGACAAUUCUGAUGAAGCUGACUGUGGUCCUACACAGUGUGAAGAGUGGCAGUUCCAGUGCAAGAACAACCACUGUAUCUUCAAGUCCUGGGUCUGCGAUGGUGACAAUGACUGCGGUGACGAAGAGCAAUCAGAUGAGCAAAAUUGCGAAGUCACGGAGACUCCAAAAUUGCCACCUCGUCCAUUCGUGCCGACUAACUCUUGUUAUGAGUGGAUGUUCGAGUGCAAAAAUAAGAAAUGCAUCCCCUAUUGGUGGCAAUGUGACUUUGUCAAUGAUUGCGGUGACAAUUCCGAUGAAAUUGAAUGUGCCUCAAGCCCCGACAAAAAUCCUGAAAACAUCAUUCCUGCUCCGCCUGCUCAGCCUCGCUGUUCAGACCAUCAGUUCAGAUGUUAUUCAGGUGAGUGUAUCCGUAACUCAUGGCUUUGUGAUGGCUUCAAUGACUGCGAUAAAGGUGAAGAUGAAGAGAAUUGCAAAUCUAUUAACUUUGGUUGCCACUCCAAUAAGAACCAAUUCAAAUGUAAACUCACUGGGAAUUGUAUCCCAUACAGCAAAGUUUGUGAUGGUAUCUCGCAUUGUCUUGAUGAUUCGGAUGAAGCGCUCUGUUCCUAUUCAGGCGGUAACUCUCCAAGCACGCCUGCAGCACCAACCUGUCCUCGAGGGUCCUUCCCUUGUGAUGGAAGUCGGUGUUAUCCCCUAUCACACCUAUGUGAUGGUCAUCAAGACUGUUAUGAUGGUUACGAUGAAAGCAAUUGCUCUAACAAUACUCAAAAAAUUUACCAAGUUUUCCAAAUUGUUGCCGAUAUCAAAAACAUUACAAGUACUAGUCUGCCCAUCUAUUGGUGGAUUCCUAUCUCCCAUGACACUGAGCUGGAGUUCAUGCCCUCAAUUUCUGUCAUAAACUCAAUACUGUGGCAUAAUAAGACGUGGACUCCCAAGCUGGAGUACAGGUUUGAGGAUUUGAGUCCGGACACAGCUUAUAACAUCACCAUCUAUGUCCGUGUCAAGGGAAAUGAAACCGUUUAUCCACCUGCAAAGUAUGCCAUCUUUGCCACGAAUGAAGCAACUCCAAGCCCACCUCUAAAUCUGACAGCAACGCAGAUUAGUUCCACAGAAGUGUUAGUCAAGUGGCUGCCGCCCACUCAUCCUAAUGGACAAAUCACUCAAUACGAUCUUUACAUGAUGCCACCAGUUCCACCAAUCGUGAAACACACAACCAAGACCAGCUUCACUAUGGAAACCAACUUCGAAAUCAACAAGACCUAUACAUUCUGGGUUGUUGCAAAGAAUUCUGCUUAUGAAUCCAACUACUCGGCAACAGAUUCAAUAAUUUAUGAUAGCGAGUCAUUGAUUGACAGUAUAACAGGGUUGAAAGUUCUUUUAGUCACCGAGCAAAUGGUGACAUUAGCUUGGGACCCUGUGAAAAAAGCAGAGGGCUACUAUGUGACUCCUCGUGCUGCUUGGCGUCCUUACCCUGAUCAUCCAAAGAGCACUGUUUCUACGACUACAUUUAAUGUAACUAAUCUAGCCCCUGGUGUUGAGUACAACAUAGAUGUGUGCGCCUAUAAUAAACGGUAUCAAGGCACUCCUGCCACCGUCAAGGCUGUAACUAAAGGCAAGCCUCUUCCAACUGUGUCAAACUUGAGUGCCUCAGUCACAAAGCACGAUGCCACAACUGUGCUACUGAAAUGGGAGGCGCCAAAAUACUUCAAUAAAGAGAAAUGGCAGUAUGGAGUGUACUAUGACAACACAAAGAACAUUUGCAAGCUCGCCAGAUCAAUCACUUACAACACAUCGGUUGAAAUUAAGGAUCUAGAUGCAUGUGAAGCCUACUCUUUCUCUGUGGGCCUGGUCAAUCCUCUUGGACCAGGACCUCUUUCCCCACCAAUCACGUUGGUAACAGAGUAUGAUCCAAAAGCGCCACCCAAAAAUGUAAGAGUAAUGGUCAAUCCGACCAACAAUUCUCAAGCUCUUGUCACAUGGUCAUCUUCCUGCAGCGUCAUGAGAGAUCCUGUCGGUUACUCGGUUUAUGUCACAGAGUUGACUGAUGGCCAUGGAAAAUCGAUGAUCGGCAAAGUCGCUCCUACCAAUGCAACGCAGCUUCACUACAUGUUUGACACUAAUUAUGGAGCCCACUACAAUGUCUCCGUUAGCACUGUAGAGUUCGGCUCAAGGAUGAGUCAAUCUUUGACUCAUUGGGCACCACCUCUGCCAGUCCCACACCAGUUUGAAGUAUUCCCAGAAAAGAAUGGCAGCUAUGUCCUGUACUGGAAAGAGCAUGAAUUACCAUCAUACAUGAAGAAUGUCAAUUACUCUUAUGUUGUAGUCGUAUCAGAGGGCUCGAGUUUGAAUCUUGCAAAAUCCAAAGAGUAUAAAGUGAAUUCCCCUCCCUACAUCCUGACAGACGUCAAGGAUGGUAUCAAUUAUUCGUUUGGUGUCCAACUAGUUACUUCUAAUGGUUACCGCUCUAGCCUCUCAGAAGUUUUCUCCUUUGGAACUCCCCUUGGGUACUGGUCAGAAACGCUUCACUCGAGUGGCGUCAUGAGUGGUCUCUUGGUCUUCUUAUUACUUGUAGCCUGUGCCGGUCUCAUCUUUGGAGCUGCCUAUACGAUGCGAAAACGGAGGCGCAACUUUACGCAGUUUGUUAACAGCCAUUACGAUUCCCGUUCUGGUUCAGCAACAUUCAUGGCCUCAAAUCAACUUGGAAUGCCAUUCUUAAAAGAGGAAGAAGACACGCCUGUGAUUCAAAGCUUUGCAGAUGAUGAGCCGUUGGUUGUAGCGUAAAGAAGAUGAGUCAGUAAUUUUUAUUAUUAAUUUUGUUUUUGUUGUUACAUUAAUUGACCUGUGAUAAAAAAAAAAAAGUUUUUCAGUCAUGAUAUUGAGUAACUGAGUACUGAGUUGUAAAAUUUUUUAUUCUUCUGUGAAUUUGUUUUUCACAUCAAAGCUGAACUUAGAAAUUUUUUACAUGCCAUUCACCAGGAGAAAACCUGUUUCUUUCAGGCAGGAGUCUUGAUUUCUCUGUUCCUAGACUACUUUUCUGGAAUACUUUCUCCGAACUAUCAUUUCAGACUGUUCUCACUUAUAUACAGAAUUUCAUGUGAAUUGAUUCAAGAUUUCUAUUUUUUCAUAAUGUAGUUUGUGAAAGAAUUUUUUUUGCAAGCUUGAAUUUUUUUCUCUCUGUUUUUCUUUUCCUUUUGAAAAAGUUCUCUCACAAAAAUUACAGGAACCUCCUUGAGCAUGACUGAUUAUUUUUACUGAAAUCUCACACGAAAGAUUUCCUCUGCUCCAAGGCACCUUAUGUAGUCUGAGUAGCAGGUCCUGUUUUGAAGUUCAGGAACUUAAAAAUUUACGGCAACAAGAGUAUCUUAGUUGACUGGGAAGCUGUGGGUAAUUUUUACCGUGACUUUACACUAUUAAUGGAAACUUGCACAGUAUUUUUGUGAUUUUUGCCCUGUCUCACACAACAGAAUAAAGGGUAAGGUAUGGGAAACUUAAAUCUUAUGUAGUGUUUUUACAUAAAGAGGAAUUUAAAUUGCCUGUAGUUUCUUUGAAACAGCUUCUAAAUUUCAUGAAUUUGAUUCAUUUCCCUCCUCCCUCCUCCCCUCUAAACUCUUGUCAAAAUGUCAAGUGGACGGUAUUUAAGUAUUCGAAUCCCAUCAAUCUGGAAACUGAAUAAAUUUUAGCCGUAAAAGAACUUCUUUGUCUGCUGUGCUGUUUUCAUUACAUUAGUAUGCCUGUAUUUUUCAUCUUACAAAUGUAUUUAUCGACAACCUUGUAGAUACCUUCUCUUAGAACUACUUUAAUGAGAUUUUAUUUUCUAUUACCUAAACACAAAUGAAAAGACAUUGUAGAAAAAUUUGAAAGCAACUCUAAAGACAUUAAAAAUAGGUUUGAAUUUUUUAUUUACAAGGUAUAGCUUUAUCUAAGUAUCUGAUGAGUAGCAACUUAUCUCUCAAAGAAGUUUAGAAAACGAUGUGUCACAUAAUUAGUUGUAUCCUUACGCAUAGUCACAAUUUUGAUGGCAGGCCACUUUUAGUUGUUUUAAUUUUAAAAUUUUAAAUAUUGUGUCAAAUAUUUUAAUCAUUCUUAAUGAGUCUUCAGAUAAUCAGCAUUCUGUUCCAUUCUUUUGGUGUUGUAAUGUAAUUAUCGUAUGGAGGGUUUGCCUCCUCUUCCAAUUUUCUCUCAUCUGCUAUUCAACUGAAGACUGCUCAUAACCUUAUUCUUUUUAUACCCUUUUUUAUAAAUCUAAAACUGUGAAUAUGUUAUGUUAAGCGUUGUUACUGGAGGUACAUGUAUCUUGACAUUGCAACAUUCUUGUGAAUUUCAAUUUUAUAAUAGGAUUUUUGUUUGUUAGUAGAUUUUUGUCAACAUCAAUUUUGAACUACGUGACAAGAGUUAUUAUUUGUAUGUGAGCAAGCUCCUUUUUUUGUAGAGUAUUCAACUUUAUUUAAAAAUUGGACCCAAGACAUUCUUUCAGUAGCAUAAAAGCUAUUUGGUUGUUUAUGUAGGGUUGCCACAGUCAGGGAAUACCGAGAAAUGUCAGGAAAUCUGACAGAAGUGUCAGGGAAAAAUUGUUGAGUCACCUUUUUUUGCAUUCUAGAACGGAUUUGACUUAAUGAACAACAGAUUUUGCAUGAAAGCUAUUUCAAAUUAUGUCUUUUGAACUAUCAGGCAUAUAUUCAAUUGUCAGGGAAUUGAACCAAAAUAUGACAGAGAAAUCAGGGAAGGGAAUUUCAUUUUCCAAACACUGCUGCAACCCUGGUAUUACAUACUUAUUUAUGGGAUGUAGUUUUGGUAGUGUAUUGGAAUGAGAAUAUGUAUUUUAAUUGGUCAAAAAAUGUUUCUGUCACAGUAACAUUUUGAAGUUUUAACACGAGAUAACUCUAAAUAUGAAAGACAUUCUAUUUAAUUGCUGUAGACUUUACACCUGUGGUUCAGCUCAUCUGAAUCAGCAAAAUUUUAAGACUUGAUUGCUGUAACUAUUUACCCUAUUGAUUGUUUAUUUUCUUAUGUAGUUAUUAAUUGAUGUUACCAUUACUAUAAAAAGUUAUUGUGUAGUUCAAUCGGUGUGUGAACUGUCUUAUUCUAUCUUGAGUUAGAAUCUCUCAGGUUGAAUUUGAUUUUAUAAUGGUUGUUUUACAAAGAAAAUGAUAUUAGACAUUUGUGCAGUGAAAGCAACCAAUUACCUUAGUUCUAAUCAAAUCCGUCAUGAAUAGAUAUGGUGGGUUCAAUUGACUUUUUGUCUGUCAUAAAUAGAGAUAAAUGGAGUUGUAUAAUUCUUUAAAAAAAUUCAAUAAGAAGUUAAGAUACCAAAUUUACCCAAAUGGUACUUUCUAUUGGAAAUUUUGAGAAGUAUUUUGUAAAAUUACCUUUAAGCUGAGUAUUAAUUUAAUGCUAAAGAUUCAGAAUUCAUCGGGUUGAUCAGUAAAAUUUUGCCAAAGCUGUAAGUCAGAAGUUUGGGACUCCUUCUUUUCUCAUCUCCAAUGUAGUUUCCUUUUUUUUCCUUCUAUCAUCACUGGUGCCUCCCUCUCUUGAUUUGAAAGUCAGUCAAAAAAAUUAAAUUUUAAACUAACAGUGCUUAUUCAAUGAAAACAUCUCAGAUCUAUCAAAUUCAGCUAUACUUAAAAUAAUUUUGGUAGUAUAAAAUGUGCCUGCAUGUGCUAUAUUUUUUUCACCAUUCUCACUUGAAAGUGGCAGUGGUCGAAUGAAAUUAGUUUCAUGUAGAGUUUCACAAUGGUUCUCUGAAAAAUCUUGAUCUCAAAAGUUUAGCCUGAUGCAUUUAUUGACUUUAGUCUCGAUUUAUACUUAGUUCUGGAGUAUUUACUGUUAAUGUAAGGUGUGAGUCGUCCGUUGAUAGGAUGUUGUGCAGUAUCAUGCAAACUUUUAAUUGCAAUUUAUGUAUUUUAAAAAACGAAGUUGUUAAAUGUAUCCUGUAAAAGGACAAUAAAUUGUGCCUGUUGCAUUUAUGGUUUGCUCCAGUCAAGAAGCGCAGCCUAAUUAUUUCUAUCAAUUGGAGUUGAACAGUAACAUUGGGUGACCAGCUUGGUUCUCUCUUUCAGAAAAAAUCAUAUUUAAUCAUCGGAAUCCUGUUCAAAAGUGUCGCUCAUAGAGUUAUAUGCCCCAUUCCCUCAAUUUUUUGUAGCAGCAAAACAUUUUAAGCGAGUGUGAAUGACUUCCCAACCAUUUAUUAUAUCUUUCCCACUUUGUGUAAAAGUCCAAUCUAUUAACUCAAGUGAUCUUCGAUUUUUCGUGAUAUUGGUUUAAUCGUAUAACUUUUAUCCAUUCGACAUCCCAUACUGAUUACAUACACCAUAAUUUCAAGCAUAAUUCUUAAUGAGCAUAACUCAUUGACUUUUUCGUUUUGUCAAAUUAUAGGGCAAAGUUGAUUUAAGUUGAGUCUUGAUGAUUUUACUUCUUGAGAUAACUAGGACAUCUCUUCUGUUAACCAGUUUAUCUUGCUUUCAAGUUAGGUUUUGUUAAAUUUGUACAGUUUGAUUCUAUUUGAUGUAAAGUAUGUACAGUUAAUUAUGAAUUCUGAAGUUUUUUCCUCAAGCACGAGAAGUAAAUGUAAACUUAACGAUGAAUUGGUGAGUGUAACUACAGGGGUAGUAGGUACAAGGAUUGUACCGAACUAUCACGUUUCUGGGGGGUAUUUCACUAGUAGUAAAAAAACUGAAUAUUCAUGAGUAAAACAUAAACCCUCUUCCACUAGUUAAUUUCACUAACUUACUUUCAUAGAUUUUAUUUAGUCAAGAGAUUUAACUCUUCAGAGGAUGUUAUCAUUCUAGUUCCUGGUUUUGAGCUGUUAUCAUUGUAAGUAAAAUUAAGAGUUAGAAUUUCAAUGUACCUUAAUUAUUAUUUUAGAAAAAAGAUGUAAUAUAUGUAAAAAAUUGCCACAUCUUUUUCCUAACUUGUGAAUGUUUUAUGAUUAUUUUCCAAUUGUACUUGCUAAACUAUUUAUCAUUAAAAUAUUUUCUUUUGAAA